CCACACAAUACGCGCGGUGUCCACACUCCUCGGGCUCCGGUUCUUCUCAAGCCAUGUCAAAAAGUCUCCGGUCCGGGGAUCAUUCCCUCGCUACAGGCAGCGGAGACCCCGUUACAUACGUGCUGCCAAACCUGAGCCGGACACGAGCAGCGCUACGAGAGCUGGAGACGACACUGCUGUGCUCCAAAUGUAUAUCCAUCUUGAAGGAACCGGUUUGCUUGGGUGGUUGUGAGCAUAUAUUUUGUAGGGCUUGUGUCGAAGAGAACAUUGGCUGUGAGUGCCCCAUAUGUCACACUCCAUCCUGGGUACGAGACGUGCAAAUAAACAGACAGCUGGAAAACAUUAUCCAACUUUGUGGCAAACUCAGUAAAUUGCUGGAUGUCAAGGAGCCAGAUGAAAACAAAAAGGAAUUAUGUGAAGAUACCUCCUUCAAACUAAAUGCUAUUCAAGGAGAUGAGUGCAAGAAAAAACAGAUAAAGAUGAGGUUCAGUGCUAGGAGUGGGAAGAUAAGUUGUGUUUUGGAGCGAGAGAGAAACCAGCAACAGGUUCCAUUUAACUCUGAACAUUCUCCACACUUAUCAUCAUAUGAUUUUGUAUCCUCAUCACCUACUACAGAGCCUAUAAAAAAGAAAUGUGCUGCAAAGCCAAGGAAGAUGAAAAAGAGGAAACUUGAAGACAUCAACCAGGAAUGGGGUUUUGGACAGAAUAAUCAAGACAGUGACUCGUUGAAAGAGUGCAAUAACUCUAGUAAAACUGUGUCAUUUUCUACACCACCAGACUUCCUUCAGAGUCCUGAUGUUGAGCAAGAAGUUGGUUUUAAGUGUGGUACCCUAAAACAAAGCGUUCUUGAAGACAAUGAUUGUGAAUUGGAAGAGACUGUGCUAGGCCAAUCUAAAAAUCAAAACCCUUCAGAAUCAAACUGUGUAGAUUUGGAUGAAGUUUCUUUUGAAAGCCCCAAAAGGCAGCCCAGAAUAACUUCUGGCAAAUGUAUGGGUCAGCAGACUGUCUCGCCAAUAGUCUCAGCCUCAAAGCGUUCUAGAAAAGAAAAAAAUUGUGAUCUGAAAAACAAAGAAACCAUACAGUCCAUUAUGCCGUCUGCAAGUUCUAUCAUAGAAAUAGGUGCUUGUAACGCUACUGGAAUUUCAGAAGAGAAUGUUCAGAACCCUGGUAAUACUAAAUCACUCUGCAAAUCCCCUUCUCCUUCUGUGGCUUCUGCCUACAUCAAAGGUGUUGCCAAGAUAGGUCAAACUGAUUCUCUUAGAGUGUCCACAAAUAAAUUUACAAAUUUACAAAACGUUCAGGAAGAAAAUGAGUGUGAAUUGGAAGAGACUGUGCUAGACCAAUCCAAAAAUCAAAACCGUUCAGCAUUAAAUUUUUUAGACAUGGAUGAAGUUUCUUUUGAAAGCUCAAAAAAGCAGACCAAAAUAACUCCUGGCAAAUGUACGGAUCAGCAGACUGUCUCGCCAAUAAUCUCAGCCUCAAAACGUUCAAGAAAAGGAAAAACGAAUGACCUGAAAAACAAAGAAACCUUACAGUCUGUUACGCCAGCUGUGGGUUCUAGCAUAGGAUUAGAUACUUGUGACACUGCCGAACCUUCAAAAGAGAAUAAUCAUAGCAUUGGUAAUGCUAAAUCACUCUACAAAUCCCCUUCUAUUGUUCCUGAUGGUACCAAAGGUGUUGCCAAGACAGGUAAAACUGAUUCUCUUAGAGUGUCCCCAAAUAAAUUUCCACAUUUACAAAACAUCCCAGAAAAAAAUGAGUGUGAAAUGGAAGAGACUGUGCUAGAUCAAUCCAAAAAUCAAAACCCUUCAGAAUCAAAUUGUGUAAACAUGGAGGAAGUUUCUUUUGAAGGCCAAAAAAGGCAGCCCAGAAUAACUGCUGGCAAAUGUAAGGGUCAGCAGACUGUCUCACCAAUAGUCUCAGCCUCAAAGCGUUCUAGAAAAGAAAAAAAUUGUGAUCUGAAAAACAAAGAAACCAUACAGUCCAUUAUGCCAUCUGCAAGUUCUAUCAUAGAAAUAGGUGCUUGUAACGCUACUGGAAUUUCAGAAGAGAAUGUUCAGAACCCUGGUAAUACUAAAUCACUCUGCAAAUCCCCUUCUCCUUCUGUGGCUUCUGCCUACAUCAAAGGUGUUGCCAAGAUAGGUCAAACUGAUUCUCUUAGAGUGUCCACAAAUAAAUUUACAAAUUUACAAAACGUUCAGGAAGAAAAUGAGUAUGAAUUGGAAGAGACUGUGCUAGACCAAUUCAAAAAUCAAAACCGUUCAGCAUUAAAUUUUUUAGACAUGGAUGAAGUUUCUUUUGAAAGCUCAAAAAAGCAGACCAAAAUAACUCCUGGCAAAUGUACGGAUCAGCAGACUGUCUCGCCAAUAAUCUCAGCCUCAAAACGUUCAAGAAAAGGAAAAACGAAUGACCUGAAAAACAAAGAAACCUUACAGUCUGUUACGCCAGCUGUGGGUUCUAGCAUAGGAUUAGAUACUUGUGACACUGCCGAACCUUCAAAAGAGAAUAAUCAUAGCAUUGGUAAUGCUAAAUCACUCUACAAAUCCCCUUCUAUUGUUCCUGAUGGUACCAAAGGUGUUGCCAAGACAGGUAAAACUGAUUCUCUUAGAGUGUCCCCAAAUAAAUUUCCACAUUUACAAAACAUCCCAGAAAAAAAUGAGUGUGAAAUGGAAGAGACUGUGCUAGAUCAAUCCAAAAAUCAAAACCCUUCAGAAUCAAAUUGUGUAAACAUGGAGGAAGUUUCUUUUGAAGGCCAAAAAGGGCAGCCCAUAAUAACUGCUGGCAAAUGUAAGGGUCAGCAGACUGUCUCACCAAUAGUCUCAUCCUCAAAAUGCUCCAGAAAAGGAAAAGCUAGUGACUUGAAAAGGAAAGACACCAUACAGUCCGUUACGCCAGUUGUGAGUUCUAGAAAAGUAUUAGGUGCUUGUGACACUACUGAACUUUCAAAAGAGAAUGGACACCGCUCUGGUAAUACUAAAUCACUCUACAAAUCCCCUUCUAUUGUUUCUGAUGGUAUCAAAGGUGUUGCCAAGACAGGUCAAACUGAUUCUCUUAGAGUGUUCCCAAAUAGAUUUCUACAUUUACAAAACCUCUUUGAAGAAAAUGAGUGUGAAUUGGAAGAGACUCUACUAGACCAAUUCAAAAAUCAAAACCCUUCAGCAUCAAAGAGUGUUGACGUGGAUGGAAUGUCUGUUGAAAGCCCAAAAAGGCAGCCCAAAAUAACUUCUGGCAAAUGUAAGGGUCAGCAGACUGUCUCGCCAAUAGUCUCAGCCUCAAAGCGUUCUAGAAAAGGAAAAACGAAUGACCUGAAAAACAAAGAAACCAUACAGUCUGUUACACCAGCUGGGAGUUCUAGCAUAGCAUUAGAUGCUUAUGACACUACUGGACUUUCAAAAGCGAAUGAACAGAGCCCUGGUAAUACUAAAUCACUCUAUAAAUCCCCUUCUUUUGUUACUGCUUGUUCCAAAGAUGUUGCCAAGACAGCUAAAACUGAUUUUGUUAGAGUGUCCCCAAAUAGAUUUCCAAACGCAAAGCGAAACCACAGAGGCGAAACAAUGCUGCAUUUGGCUUCCAUAAAGGGUGAUUUGCAAGAAGUGGGGGUACUUCUUAAAAAUGGAGCCAACCCAAAUGUAAAGGAUAAUGCCGGCUGGACACCUUUGCAUGAAGCUUGCAACCAUGGACACACAAAAGUUGUGGAGUUACUUCUGAAGCAUCAUGUUCUGGUGAAUACAGCAGGUUAUCAGAAUGACACACCCCUUCAUGAUGCAUCUAAGAAUGGCCACUUAGCCAUUGUUCAGCUUCUCCUCAGCCAUGGAUCAUCACCAGAUGCUGUUAAUAUAUUCGGUCUGCGGCCUGUAGACUACGCAGAAACAGAGGAGAUCAAGUCCGCUUUUCUUGAAAAACGAACAAAUAAAGAACCACAAGUAACACACCCAUGUACUGUUCUAAGUCCUCGUCAACAUCAGGAAGAACCUAUUGUACUGGUUGCUAGUGGCCUAACUACUGCUCAACGUACUGAUCUCUCCAAGCUUGCAGCACAAUUAAAGGCGGAAAUAUGUUCUGAAUUUAACAAAGCAGUUACUCAUGUCAUUGUCAAUGAUGAGCCAAUGCUACGUACCAUGAAAUGCAUGAUGGGUACACUGGUCGGAUGCUGGAUUUUAACAUUUUCCUGGGUGAAAGCUUCUCUUACAUCUCAAGGCCGAGAACCUGAAAACAAGUAUGAAGUGCACGGUGGACCUCAUAGAGCCAGGUUGAACAGAGAACAGCUGCUGCCAAAGUUGCUGGAUGGAUGUUACUUUUACUUCCUUGGCUGCUUCAAAGAACAUCGUAAGGAGGACAUGAUGGAGUUAGUGAAGGUCGCUGGAGGCCAGAUUCUUAAUCGGCAGCCAAAGCCAGAUAGUGACGUUACGCAGAGCAUUAACACAGUAGCUUACCAUGCGGAAGUGGACUCUGACCAGAGGUUCUGCACCCAAUACAUUCUCUAUGACAAAACAUCUAAAUACUGUCCAUCUACUGUUCGUCAGGGCAAAGUCUGGUUUGUCCAAUCCGACUGGCUCAUUAAUUGUAUUACCAGCUUCCAACUGCUACCUGUGCUACAAUGAGAAUGAGUUUUAAAAAAAUAUUUCCAAAUGGAACCACGACCAAGCUGUAUUCCCUUAAAGUGAAAAUGCACACAUUUAUUUUGCUGUGUGUUUAAUUUAGCAAUAUAUCUGCUGUACGCAGGACAUUUUAGAAUACUGAUUUCUUGAAAUCUGACGAUAAGCAUAAAGCUCAAACUGCCAUAAUUAUCCCUUAGAAAUAAGCUUGCAUAGGUUUAUCAAUACUAAUUUGUUGCACGCAGAUUUUAAUUCUUAAAGCAUUCUUAAAGCAUUUAAAUAUAUAUAAUUGUUUUUUUAUUGGGGGAGAGAGUUUAUUUUAAGUGGACUUAAAAGUAAAUAUUAGAACUUAAUAUGUAUAUUGUACGAACUAUGCUAUAAAUAGACGGAUAAAUUGUAAAGUUUGGUUCUCUAUCUCUACUGUGCGCCAAGUGCUCACAGAUUCAAACAUGGCUGCCAAACUUGCUGUUUUAUAUAUUUUAUAUGUU